AUAGAUAUUAUGUUGAAAAAAACAUAAUCGUCUCAUAAUUGUUUAGUACUUUAAUAAUUAUAUAAAAUGUCAUAACUUAUUAAAAUUUAUUCAUGUUUUGCUUUACUAAAGUUAAAUUCUUAUUGCUUUGUUUAUUAGGUACUAGUUAAAUAGAACCUAUUUUGUAGGUAUUUAAACUGUAUACUAUGAAAUUCUGAUUGAAGAUUGUGUAACAGUUAAGAGGACAAAAAACAUGGACGUGGCCAACUUACAGCAAGAGAUUAAUCGGCUUACACGUGAGCUUGAUCAAGCUCAUACAGAAAAAGUUCAAUCGGCCACUUAUGGACUAAGUUUACUGGAAGAAAAACAAUCAUUAACAAAACGUUAUGAAGAGCUAGAGAAUUUAUAUGAGAAUGUGAGACAAGAAUUAGAAAUCACUCAAGAGGCUUUGACCAAAUUUCAAACCUCUCAUAAAGUAACCACCAAAUCUGGUAUUGAGCAAGAAGAAUCAUUGUUAUAUGAAACAGCAGCAUUAGAAUCGUCAUUAAAUACCACAAUCAUAGAACUUGAAAAUGAUACUAAAUCGUUACGACAAGAGUUGGAACGUGUUCGCAUUGAACGUGAUCGAGCCAUUCAAGAAAAUAAUGAUUUAUCAAGGUUGAGUAAUGAAUCUAAUCACGAGUCUAAGCAGCUUCGCGCAGAACUACGUGAAGUCAAAUCUCGUGAAACUCAUUUACUCUCUGAUUAUUCAGAAUUAGAGGAAGAAAAUAUCACCUUACAAAAACAAAUUGCUCAUUUGAAAUCUUCUCAGGUUGAAUUUGAAGGAGCUAAACAUGAAAUACGUAGACUGCAAGAAAAUGUGGAAUUGUUAUACUUACAAGUUGAUGAGUUAGCAAAGUUAAAAAAAAUUGCUGAAAAACAAAUGGAAGAGGCUUUGCAAUCAUUACAAGGUGAACGUGAAGCUAAAUAUGCGUUGAAGAAAGAACUUGAUCAACGUAUUAACAAUGAAUCGGUGUACAAUCUCAGUAAUUUAGCUUUUAGCAUAAGAGGUAUGGGCGGCGACCAAAAUGUUGGUAGUGAUGAUGAAGAUGAUUUGCCUGUGUUACGUAAACUUGAAAACGAUAUUGGCUCAACUAUGGAAUUACCAGAAUGUGGCAAACAUGAUUUGUUUAGUGAAAUACAUCUUAAUGAAUUGAAGAAAUUAGAGAAACAGUUGGAACAAGUAGAGAACGAGAAGAGUUUAUUGACACAGAACCUUAAAGAGUCUCAAUCAGCAUCUGAUAAAUGUAAAUCAGAUUUGGAAAAUUUAGCAUCUCGUAUAUAUAAACUUGGAUCACAUAUAAGAUCUUUGGAACAUCUUGGUACUCAAACUAGUAAAGUAGUUUCUGACCAUAAGACAGAAGAUGGAAAAUCAAAUGCAACUUUAGAGUACUAUCAACAAUGGUUUAGUUUAGCAUCCAAAGAAAUUGACCAGCUUCACGGUGAUCUAGAAGAACUUGAACGACAGUUAAAUUCAUCUGAAGAAACCUUAUCAUUAAAAGAUGAAUUAAUCAUGCUCAAAAAUAAAUUAAUAGAUAGAGAACAAAAGACAAUGGAACUUGAGUCAAAUGUUCGCUUAUUGGGAGAAUUGGCUACAGAUGCUAGUGCUUCUUUAGAUAAUGCACAAAAUGAUCUUGUAGUCAUCACUGACGAAUUAGCUCAACUUGCUCUCCAAAUGUCUGUGUUGAAUGGAAAAUCUAUAACAUUAAAUACUAUUGUCGUAAAAUCAACAAAAGAAACAGAAGAAAAUGAUCCCCGCCUUGAUGUAUUACGAACGCGACUCAAGUCUGAUGUAUUCAUAAAAGAAUUAGAAAGUCUCACUGAAGCAUCAUUUGUAGCAAAAAGUUUGAGAAACGUACUUGAUCAAAUCAAAGUGCUUAAAGAAUCUGUAAACACAUCAAUAGAUAAUGCUAAAGCGGUUAAUCGAGAGAAUAAUGAUGGUCAAAAAAGUUUAAUAUUGGACAAUAAUGAUGAAUUGUCUGAUCUCCGAGAACAAGUAAUGAAAUUACAGUCUCUCUUAGCAACAAAGCGAGAACAAAUAUCAUCUUUACGCAUGGUUCUAAAGACAAACAAAAAUACUGCUGAGGUAGCAUUGAAUAAUUUGAAAUCCAAGUACGACAACGAGAAAAUGGUUGUUACAGAAACUAUGACCAAGCUACGUAAUGAGCUGCGUACACUCAAAGAAGAUGCUGCUACAUUCUCAAGUUUGAGAGCCAUGUUUGCUGCACGGUGUGAAGAACAAGUGACUCACAUGGAUGAUUUACAGCGACAAUUGGUAGCUGCUGAAGAAGAAAAAAAGACACUUAAUCAAUUGUUGCGUUUAUCUGUGCAACAGAAAUUAAUGGUAACUCAACGGUUAGAGGAAAUUGAAAUGGACCGAGAGAUGAAAAAUGUCCGACGAUCAAUGGGCACACCCAAUUCUUCAACACCGUCAAAAACCUCAAAAAGGUACAGUCAGCCUCAACGCCGAGACUGGUGAGACAUGAUAUUCUUAGUAUUAUUGUUUGUAUGAAAAAAAAAAAACCACCAACAUUAUUUGUGAUAUUUCUCACCUCUCAUGGGUAAGGUUGAUCAGAAUAAGUGUAAACCGUCCUCUAUACAGUUUUUAUUUUUUAAACUAAGUCUUGACAUUUAAUAUUGAGUCCCUUUAUAACCGUGGUUUCAAUAUCCGUCCUGUUUUUGAAUAUCCGGUUAUUAAUAUUACGCAUUGAAUUGCCGUCCUAACUUGGUUCUCUGGUAACCUCUGUUUAAUUUUUUAAUAUUUUCUUAAAUAUUACCUUUUUUUUUUAAAUAUUUUUACUGGAUUAUAGUGUUAUACUAUUUUGAUUGACAUAUUUUUUUCAAUGACUUUUUUUUUUUUUAACAAAUUUCAUUUAUUAAUAUUGUUAUUCAAAAAAAAGUAUUUUCUCUUGUGUUACAAGUAUUAUUAUUUUUAGUAUUAUUAAUUUUUGUUUGAAACACUUAGUAUUGUCGAUUUUAACAAAAAAAUCUAUCCACUCACGGCACAUAAAUAUUAGUUUGUCUUUCGUUCCUUGCAAGCUCAAUGAAAAUAAACAAUGGUGCCAUAAUAUUUUUGCGCAUUAAUACUAAUAAUUAAAAUUUAUUUAUUUAUUAUUAUAUUCUAGUUUACUAUUAUUCCAUUUUUACAAUUAUUCUCAUUUAUGGCAGCCAGUUUCUUAUGUGCAAUAUACAAUUAUACACUUUUGUAUUUUAUUUUGUUGUCAAACUAGUUCUAAGAUGUUUAAUUAUUAUUAUUAUUUUUUUUAAAUUUUAUUCAUUUUAUAGACUCAUUUGUUUGUAAUACUAUUACCCAUUUCAAAAAGAACAAAACAUGUUGCAAUAUUUUUUAUGAAUCUAAAUUUAUUAUCUUACGUUAUAAUAUCUUAAAUGUAAAAUUGAAUUAUAAUGUUUCUUUUUAAGUACUUACCAAACUUAAUUACCUGUAGGAAUGUAGGAUAAUCUACUUUGUGGGUUAUAAUCAUGUUUUUUAAUUGUUUUUACUUGUUUAUUACUGUUGUACUUACUUUAAACUUUUUUUUUUGCUAUCCGUUGAUUUGAAUUUAAAAAAAAAUUGAAGUUUCAAUAUUAUUAUGUAACGUUAACAUUAAAAUUAAACGGUGUAGGGAUAACGUGUAUCUAUGUUAUUUUAUCGACCAAUCAAAGUUGGAUAUUCUAUUAUUAGAUGAACGUUUAGUGUUUGGGAAUCAUAAAAUUUGUAAAUUUGUAAGUGUUUUUAUUUUAUAUUAAUUUACUUCAUAAUUUUAACCAUAAAUAAUAACAUACGGAAUACAGUGUUGUGAAAUAUCAUUAAUUAAUAUACCUAAUAGUAAAUAAUUUUGGGGGAUAAUCUAUUAUUUGUUUAUAUAAUAUGUCUAUAUUCAAUACUAUUUAUGUUUAUACUAUGUUAAAUAAUACAGUAGAGUUUUGAUUGACUAAACUAAUUAAGGGGAACAAUGAUGACAGAAUAAUCGACAUUUUCAUUAAGGUGGUGGGAUUUAUUUAAAGUAUUUAAAAAAUUAAAUAAUUUUAUCUGACAAUAUAUAGUGUGUAUCUGAAGGAUUCGACAAUUGCUCAUUUAAAUUUUCAUAUUCUCCUGAUACAUCCUGUAUAUACUCACAAAAUUUCAGUUAUAAAUAUAUUAUGUUUUUUCUUUAUUUUCUAUCAGACUGUUAGAUAACUGAUACCCUACUGUAUUAUAAAAGUAUGUAACUUAUAAUAUCUGCUUACUCAUAUUAAACAUACAGUAAAAUCUAUGUAUAUUAUGUUAAAAGCUCGACCAUUGGGUGUUGGAUAAUAGGUACCUAUAAUAUGUGAUAAUCACCUCUUAUAUUUUCUAAUUUUUUUUUUUUUUUUUGUUUAAUCGUUUUAUAGUAAGGGACUGCAAUGGUACUAAUAUGUAAUAGUGUUUGGUUUUGUGUAGUUAUGUGUAAUUUAAGUACUCAAUGACACCACCUUUAAAAAUGUCUAGUUGCGUCCUUGCAUAGUACAAGUAAGAUUUAUGGAUUGAAUUUUGGGCUAGUCACUGAAUAUCAUUAUGAUUCAGGCUAUUACAUCACAAAUAAUAUAAUUAUGUAUAUGGUAUACCUAUGGGCUAUGUUUAUAUUUUAGUUACUAAAUUCGGUAAAAAUUGUAUUUUUAUUCAAAUAUAUUGUAAUAUACUUUGUUAAUGUUCUUGAGAACUGACUUAUUUUGGGUAUACCUCAAAACACAAUUAUUUUAAUGAAACUACAUAAUAUAAUAUAUUAUUAUCUACUCAUUUUUAUUUUUAAAUUUAUUCAUGUACUAAUGUAUUAUGUAAACAUAAGUCAUAAUAAUAUGUACUAAAUGUGAUACCCAGUCCAAUUUAUUUGUAAUACUCUAUUAAUUUAUAAUCUUAUACUCUUAUCUUUAGUUGAUAUCAUUGAGUCUACAGAUAUCAGAGGUAUGGAAUUGCUGUGUAUCAUAAUUUAUAACCCAUAUUAGGAGUACCUAAUUUUUAUUUAUAUAAUAAUAUAUAAUUAUUAAUUGUGACAAAACUUAAUUAACAUAAUGUUACUUUAUUAAUAAAAAAAACUGAUGUACUUAAUAA